UUUGGCCGAAAACGGAACGGUAAGUUUUGGUCUAAAAGGGAAGGGUACAUUUUGGCCGAAAACGGUGACGCCCAUGCAUCUUACCCAUUUUGUCAUGUGUACAUGUAGUAGUUCACUAGUUCGUGUUCAUAAUCAAUGCUACAUUUCUACUACCUAUACCGACUGUUAUUUUAGCAGUCUAACGUUAUUUGAUUAACAAUCGAUGACAAUAUUUUCUACGUUAACGACGAUGGACAAACCCUAUAACCUAAUCUAACCUGACCGGUAAACGACACGUAUAAUAUAAUAAUACUUUUUACCGAAUUGCAGUGCGCGUCAACAACUGUUUUUGCGUCGUCUGAAUGUGCCACGCACUUAGAGGAAACAAAAAAUCGGUUCGGUCUAAAAACUCUCAUCUUUCGACUUUUCCAGAGCGCCGCAUUUUGUGCACUUGUGUCUCUUAACAGAAGACAAUUUUGACCGAACAAACUAAUUAAAAUUCUGGUCAAUGAAAGGGAGCGGUGGCCGACGCUGCUGCAGGGUCUGACGUACGAUCCCUUAAACAUAAGAAUGUUGCGUCUUAGUUCGGAGGCCAGCUCCAUUCUCAAUGAAUAAGACGCCAAACCCAUUUCCCGCAUACAAUUAUAAAAAUAGAAUUUUAAUUGAGUUCGGGCGUUGAGUUUCGUAAAGUUUUAUCCACUGCACCUGCACGAUGCGUGCAUGCGGCUUUGGAACCACUUGUUAAAUUUAUUUUAAUAAUAAUAUUAUUUCGUACAACGAUGAUUUUGCUAAAACCGAGAUAGUUGCCCAUAUUUCAGUCCGGCCGUGCCGCACUCGUGAUUGAAAAUAGUAGCUCCACCAAUCGUAUAUGCAGUCAGUAGUAUACAUAUUCGUAUGUUCACAGUACGUUUUUUUUUCACUGCGGUAAUUUCACAACGUUCAAGGGAGCAUGUCCGCAUUGAACACCAUGAUUUUACCGUAAAAAAAAAAUCGUUUAAUAUAAUAAAUUACUAACCUAACUUUGGUAUAUUAACCGUGGGUAUAGGGAUUCAAUAUAAAGUGACUAAUAAAUUGAUAGGUAUAGAAUUGGUUUAAUCAUUAAUAAGCUUAAAGAAAUCAUACCUUUUAUUUAUGACAUAAAAGUGAAUUGGUCUAAGACCUAUUUACUAUCUACAACUGCCAUAGUUGUUAGGUGCAUGGUAAUAAAAUAAAAACAACGUUUGAAUAAUUCCAAUUCGAAUGUGAUUGUGUACACUUAGCAUUAUUAUAGACGUAUUUAGGUAGGUACCUACUUCAUGGCCAUUAUACUUGUUCCCUCUAUAUAGCUGAUUGGUCUAUGAAAUAAUUAUUAACACCGUUAAAUUUCACUAAUUUAUUGAUUAGAUACUUUAAAAAAUAUGUUAAGUGGUUAAUGAAAACAUCAUAUUGGAUUUCAUAACGUUGUUGUCACAAUUAAUCAAAUAUUACAAUUUCGUUAAAUUUAAUUAAUAAUUUUAUUUAACUAAUAGAGUUCUAUAUAAUGGAAAAAAAAAAUAAUAGUUAUCCAAAAGCAGUCUGGUAUAUAUUUGGAAACGAACUGUGUGAACGGUUUAGUUAUUAUGGACUUAAAGCUGUUUUGGUUUUAUUUUUUACAACUAUUCAAAAAUAUGACAACGAUACUUCCACGAUUAUAAUUCAUAUGUUUAUUGUCUUUCAAUCCAUAUCAACAUUGUUUGGAGCCAUCAUCGCAGAUUCAUACUGGGGAAAAUAUAGAACAAUCUUCAUUUUGUCUAUUGUACACGCAAUGGGAAAUAUCAUAGUGGCUAUUUCAUCUCUUGUCACUUCAGUCAGUAUGAAUUUUCAAAGAUUAUUUACAAUAAUUGGAUUAUUGUUAACAUCAAUUGGAGCAGGCGGUAUAAGACCAUGCGUCUGUGCUUUUGGCGGUGAUCAAUUUGUGAUGCCAGAUCAAGAAGAUCGUCUGCAAAUGUACUUUUCAAUAUUUUACUUUACUAUCAAUUUAGGGUCAUUGUUAUCGUCGUCCAUUACACCGGAGCUGAGGAAAUCAGUUCAGUGUUUUGGCAAAGAUUCAUGUUUUCCAUUAGCGUUUGGGGUGCCUGCUCUCCUUAUGAUGAUCUCAAUAGUAUUUUUUGUAAGUGCCAAGAACCUGUACAAGAUUAUUAAGCCCACGUCCAGUGUCAUUACAACUUCAAUUGGAUGCAUAUUUCACGCAUUAAGAAAAAAAAUAACCGCUUCUCCAAAUGAAGCGAAAAGGAAAGAUUGGUUGGAAUAUGCAGAUGAUAAGUACAAUACACAUGAAAUAUCUGAUUUGAGAUCAGCGUUGGAUGUUUUAUUUUUGUUAAUUCCAAUCCCAAUGUUUUACACACUUUUAGAUCAACAAAGUUCUCGUUGGGUUUUGCAAGGAACACUAAUGAAUGGAAAAAUCGAUUUUUUAAAUUGGAUUAUAAAGCCUGAUCAAAUUCAUUUAAUUAACCCACUGUUCGUUUUAAUAUUUAUACCAUUUUUUAAUGCGGUCGUCUAUCCACUUUUGUAUAAAAUUGGUAUAAAUACAGCUUUUAGAAAAAUCAUUCUUGGUGGAAUGUUUGCUGCAUUAUCAUUUGCAUGUGCUGCUGUUGUCCAAUACAAGAUAAUUGGCCAAACCUUUUCCAUACCGUCAACUGAAAGCCAACUAAGAUUAUAUAACAAUUUUGAAUGCAAUGUAUCCAUAUCCGGUUCCUUGGUUGGAAACUUCAGUAUUGAACAAUUAGAUGUACUUCAUAUUAAUUAUAAUACAACUGUAUUUAAUGAAACUGAUGUCUUAUCCAUAGACUUACUUCCUUCUUGUGAAUUAAAAUUGAAUACAUUGAAACAAAAUGUUUUCAUCGAAAAAGGGACGGUUUCGUCAUAUAUGUUAACGUCUAAAAAUAAUGUUGAUAUUGAAUUAAUACAUUUAAACGAAUUGAAAAAAUUAAAGAACGGAAAUUCAAAUCUUAGGAUUUUGCAUGAUAAUUUCUCCGGCCAAAACAUUGCAUUAAGGAAUACUAAUAAUAAAUUGUCUGAAAUAAGUUUUAAACUUUCAACGAACCAAGAUCAAUCUUAUGAAUUACCUGUCGGAACUUAUGACAUAUUGGAUAAUGAACCUAUUUUGCAAAAUGUUGAAUUUCUCCCCGUUAGUAUUAAUGACCUAUUAUUUCACCAUAACUUUAACCACACGAAUGCCAAGUUGAUCACUUUAGAAAAAGGUAAAUACAUCCAUAUUCUAUGGCAAGUUCCGCAAACGAUUUUAAUUACAGUGGCUGAAGUAAUGUCUCUGGUUACAUUAUUGGAAUUUGCAUUCACCCAAGCUCCAUUGAGUAUGAAGUCAUUUCUUUCAGCAGCCAAUUUGUGUGCAGGGGCAGUUGGAAAUUUACUUGUAGUUUUUUUUUCGAAAAUUGGACUAUUUGAAAAUCAAGGUCAUGAAUUCCUAUUUUAUGCAGUUUUAAUGGUUUUGGAUAUGAUACUUCUAAUGGCUAUGAGCACCAAAUACAAGUAUAAAUGUGUUGAGGUGUAACAGCAUUUUAGGGGCUAUUGUAAUUCCCACUUCCAGGACUUUAUCAUGCAUACAGCCGACUGCCCGAUGACCUACAUUUUUGUGUAUUCUGGUCUACCCUAUGAUGGCCGCGAAGUAACGAUCACGUCACCGUUUAUCAGAUUGCCCAAUUUGAAAGAGUCUCCAACAAUUUCAUCGGAUAGGUACGCCAUAAACCGUGGCAUAGCUCAGCAUCAUUUUGUCCGGAUUAAUAUCUACAAAAAUGACGUCCCAAUUAUUAGAAGCUAAUAAUAUAGAGUCUUUGUCGAACAAUCAGCUGUACGAAGCUUCCGCUGUGCCACAAAACGGGUCGACGCCGGUCGCUGAACAUGGGAAGUCCUCAAGUCCACCCAGCAUCGUAUUGAUGAAUCAACAAUACAUCUUACAUCUAUCAUUGCAAUCUCAUAAUUAUUCACCUGAAUGCAUGUAAUCCUGAAUGUACAGUUAAUUUAUUACUACCCAUCUACAAA